AUGGCGGCAGUACAAGGCGCUCCCAAUAAACAAUGGCCUACUCGACCCGGUGUGCAACAUCAAAACAGUCAAAACGCGAGUGUUACAUUAAAUAGAACGAUAAAUCUUUACCCGCUAACAAAUUACACAUUUGGAACUAAAGAACCGUUGUUUGAAAAAGAUGCUUCCGUACCAGCUAGGUUCCAGAGAAUGAGGGAAGAAUUCGCGAAAAUUGGCAUGAGAAGGUCCGUGGAAGGUGUUCUUCUCGUACAUGAACACGGUCUUCCUCAUGUGCUACUUCUUCAAUUAGGAACGGCAUUCUUCAAGCUUCCCGGCGGAGAGCUAAAUCCUGGAGAGGAUGAGAUCGAAGGUCUGAAAAGACUUCUGACUGAAACUCUCGGGCGGCAGGACGGAGUGAAACAAGAAUGGCUCAUAGAGGAUACUAUUGGUAAUUGGUGGAGGCCUAACUUCGAGCCGCCCCAGUAUCCCUACAUCCCACCACACAUAACUAAACCAAAAGAACACAAACGAUUGUUCCUCGUGCAAUUACAAGACAGAGCAUUAUUUGCCGUCCCCAAGAACUAUAAAUUAGUCGCAGCCCCUCUAUUUGAGUUGUAUGACAACGCACAAGGCUACGGUCCUAUAAUAUCAUCUUUAUCACAGAGUUUGUGCAGAUUUAACUUUACAUAUAUGUAA